AAGGCUUCUGGCCCAAUGCUUCGCUCAUUCGGCCCGUGGGCUAUACACCGGUCACCUUCGGCCGCGGCCGCGGCCCAUGCCGCCGUGCGCCUCAUCCGCGCCCCGUCGUCAGUCAGCGACGGGACCGAGCCGCCGAGCACCCACCCACCGGAGCGAGCCUGCCCAACGAUGACCAUCAUGGCGGCGGCGGCGGCGAUAUCCGCGCUGCUCCCGCGCGCCGCGGCCGUCCGCAUCGUGGCGCCGCGCGCCCGGCCGGCCGCGGCCGCGGCCGCGUCCCGCCUCCUCUGCGCCGCGGCGGCGGGGGAGGCGUCGAGCUCGCCCCCGGCGCCCCGGAGGCUGGUGCUCUACACCAAGCCGGGGUGCUGCCUCUGCGACGGCCUCAAGGAGAAGCUCCACGCCGCCGUCCUGCUCGCCGGCACCCCCUACUCCCUCGCCUCCCUCGAGCUCCAGGAGAGGGACAUCACGACGAACCCGGAGUGGGAGCGGCUGUACCAGUACGAGAUCCCGGUGCUGGCUAAGGUGCUCCCCGACGGCACCGAGGAAAUACUUCCGAGGCUGUCUCCCCGGCUAACUGUGGAGCUCAUACAGAAGAAAGUAUCCAGCGUCUUUGAUCAGUAAGGAUACAAUUGUACUUCAAAAGUUCAAUCGUCAGCUUUGCAUUUAGGAUUGAGCUGUAAGAGUGCCAAUAGGUGAUACGGUUGGUGUAAUUUUCCUUGGUUGUAAGUCGCAACCCAUGAUUUUCAAUUGCUUAAUUUUUGUUGUUGUA